AAAGGAGCCAUCGCCGGAGGACGGGAUGGUGAUGUGAUGUUUCCCUCGGAGGGAUGCAUGUAGCUCCCUUUUUGUGACCAGUGAGAACUUAAGACCCAUUACAGACUGUAAAAGCAUUACUUGUGCAGGCACGUCGUUGAAGGGGAAGGCCUGCUGGGACUUCUGAAAACCCCUUGUGUCCUGUUGCCAUUUACGUGACAUAAGACAGCUUUGACCAGGCUAAAAAAAAUCAGUAAAUGAAACGCCACUCUUUCUCCACCUUUUAAAAAGCAUUAAAGCCCAAAGGCUUUCUAGCUGGAGGAGAAAAUGCUUUUGUUCUGCAGUCCUGACUUCCGGGAGAUAAACGGAACGGAACCUUUGUUAUAGACUGUCGUUUCCUUGACGAGCGGCACUUUGUGGACUCAAACUUUGAGGAGCCCGGACGACUUUCAGCAUUGAACUCACCGACGGAGAGCUCGGGCACGAAGACGAAUGCAAGGUAGAGGUAAACAGCAUUAAUCAGAAAUAGACACCAGUAUUUUUGUUUGGAUAAGGGAAGCUGCUCAUCAAUAUUCAUUUAUGGCUUCAUCUUUCAUGAUGCUGGAUUCUCUCUUUUUGCUAAACAAAUACCGCUGGCAAAGUAGCUUGUAUAGGACUCUUGCGGAUGGUUACCAUUCAAGGUGGUACAGUAGCUAUCAGAAACCAGGAACAUCUAUUGGCAAAAUUUCACCAUGGAAAAACGUUGAUGUCAAUUUUAAGAAAGGAGUGGAAGAAAUCAAAACACAGUGUGGACUCUUAAAGAAAGAGAUAGUUGAUUUUUUGAAAGACAUCAACCAAAAUCAACUAGAAGAUUAUAUGUUGAAUCAGACGAAAGUGUUGUGGGAAUUUCGUAAUGAACAAGAUUUAAAUAAAUGGGUGCUCAGUUCUGAUGCAGAGAUUGGAGGGAAAAGUGAAAUCUAUAUAAAACUACAUAAGAAUAAACAGUCUGCUAUCCUGUAUGGGAACCUCAAUACUACUGUACCUCGUGAUGGAGUGACAAAAUAUAGUGGAUAUUGUGCCAUGGUAUCAAAACCAGAAGUGAUUGCUUUUCAUCGUACAAAAUUAUACGAUUGGUCAAAUUUUAAUAGUCUAUACCUGCGUGUUCGUGGUGAUGGUAGACCAUGGAUGAUAAACAUCAGUCCAAACAAAUACGACUCUACCCGGAUGAAGGAUGUUUACAACUACUUCAUAUUCCCCCGAGGGGGGCCAUAUUGGGAGGAAAUCCAGGUUCCAUUUUCUAAGUUCUUUUUUUCAAGCCAAGGGAGAAUCCAGGAUGGCCAAUAUGAAAUCUGGCCAGACAGGAUCAGUACAUUGGGAUUUACCAUUGCUGAUAAAGUAGACGGUCCAUUCCAGCUGGAAAUAGACUUCAUUGGAUUGUUAAGCGACCAAGCACACACAGAAUCAUUUGCCUAUGAGCUCUAUGAAAAGAAUCUCAAGAAAUAGAACAUAUGGAGGACUGUUGUUAAUAUCAACUUAUAAUAUUUCUGAAAUUAUAUACCAUUCUAUAGUAAUCUGCAGUUGAGUGGUGAACUUAUCAGUGAAUAUGAGCUUCAUAAGCAAUUAUCAAUAUAGUGAAAUAACAUAGGAGCACUGCAGUAGUGCCAUGUAGCAUGUAGCCACCACCUGCAUUUUGAUGGUGGUGGGAAGUGGAGCUAAUGUGCAUAUGCUCACCUGCCCCCAAUUAAUAAAGAACAUCUGUAAAGAAGAAGAACUGAGUUUAUCCUACUUUUUAUAUGUAGUCUUUUGAGUUACAUUUUAUAGUGAUUAAAAGAAAUUACUUUUUCCUUUUAGCUGAAGGACAAAUGAUUUUGUUAUUUUAUGAAUAAUACUGUUUUGUAUGUAGUAAUAGGAUUGAUUGAUUGCCAUCAAGUUAUUUUCGACUCCCAGCAACCACAUAUUCUCCAUGAUAAUCUAUCCCUAACCUGGUGUUUCACGUCUUCCAACACUGUACUCAUCACUACUGUAACUGAGUCCAUCCACCUUGCUGUUGGUUGUCCUCUUCCUCUUACCUUCCACCUUUCC